CCGGGCCAGGCCCAGGCAGCGCCGCCGGUACCGGGGGCGGCGCGGGGCGCAGAGGGGCGGCCGGAGCCCCCCGCGCAGCGCCCCGGAGCCCCGGCGGGCCCGGCCCCGGAGCGCGGCCGCCGCCACGGGACGGGAGAUGCGGAUCCUCCUCCUGUGCCUGCUGACUCUCGCCGGGACCCGCGGGCAAGCGGUGCAGACGCGUUUCGUGGAGGAGCCCGAGGACCAGACGGUGGUGGCGGGGCAGAGAAUCGUCCUGUCCUGCGUGGUGCUCAACUACUCCGGCAUCGUGCAAUGGACCAAGGACGGGCUGGCGCUGGGCAUGGGCCAGGGCCUCAAAGCGUGGCCCCGGUACCGCAUCGUGGGCACGGCCGACUCGGGCCAGUACAACCUGGAGAUCCGCGACGCCGAGCUCUCCGAUGACGCCGUCUACGAGUGCCAGGCCACCGAGGCCGCGCUGCGCUCGCGCCGCGCCAAGCUCACCGUGCUCAUCCCCCCGGAGGACCCCACGAUCGACGGCGCCCCCGAGAUCCUGCUGAGGGCGGGGACCCCCUACAACCUGACGUGCCGCGCCCGCAGCGCCAAGCCCGCGGCCACCAUCGCCUGGUUCCGCGACGGGCAGCAGCAGGACGGCGCUGUCACCAGCACGGAGCUGCUGGCCGAUGGCAAGCGCGAGAGCACCACGAGCCUGCUGGCCAUCACCCCCACGGACCUGGACAUCGGCCGCGUCUUCUCCUGCCGCAGCUCCAACGAGGCCGUGCCCGCCGGCAAGGAGACCUUCGUCAGGCUCAACGUGCACCACCCCCCGACGGUGACCCUGUCCAUCCAGCCCCAGACGGUGCAGGAGGGCGAGCGCGUCGUGUUCACCUGCAUGGCCACGGCCAACCCCGAGAUCAAGGGCUACAGGUGGGCCAAGGGCGGGGUGAUCAUCGAGGAGGCCACGGAGAACAGGUACGACACGCAGGUGGACUACACCUUCUUCACGGAGCCCGUGUCCUGCGAGGUGCACAACGACAUCGGCAGCACCAACGUCAGCACGCUGGUGGACGUGCACUUCGCCCCCCGGAUCGUGGUGGACCCCAAGCCCACGGUGACGGACAUCGGCUCCGACGUCACCCUGACCUGCGUGUGGUCGGGGAACCCCCCGCUCACCCUCACCUGGACCAAGAAGGAGUCCAACAUGGUCCUGAGCAACAGCAACCAGCUGUACCUGAAGUCGGUGACGCAGGCGGACGCCGGCCAGUACGUCUGCAAGGCCAUCGUGCCCCGCAUCGGCGUGGGCGAGAGGGAGGUCACGCUCUUCGUCAACGGCCCCCCGAUCAUCUCCAGCGAGCCGGUGCAGUUCGCCGUGCGCGGCGACCGCGGCAAGGUCGAGUGCUUCAUCGGCAGCACGCCGCCGCCCGACCGCAUCGCGUGGGCGUGGAAGGAGAACAUUCUGGAAGCGGGCACGCUGGAGCGCUACACGGUGGAGAGGAGCAACACGGGCAGCGGCGUGCUGUCCACGCUGAGCAUCCAGAACGUCGUGGACGCCGACUUCCAGACGCGCUACAACUGCACGGCCUGGAACAGCUUCGGGCCCGGCACCGCCAUCAUCCAGCUCGAGGAGAAAGAGGUCCUGCCCGUGGGCAUCAUCGCCGGGGCCACCAUCGGGGCCAGCAUCCUCCUCAUCAGCUGCCUGGUGGCCCUCGCCUGCUUCCUGUACCGGCGCCGCAAAGGAAGCCGCAAGGACGUCACGCUGCGCAAGCUGGACAUCAAGGUGGAGACGGUGAACCGGGAGCCGCUGACGCUGCACGCGGACAGGGAGGAGGACACGGCCAGCGUGUCCACGGCCACCCGCGUCAUGAAGGCCAUCUACUCGUCGUUCAAGGAUGACGUGGACUUGAAGCAGGACCUGCGCUGCGACACCAUCGACACCCGCGAGGAGUACGAGCUCAAGGACCCCACCAACGGCUACUACAACGUCCGCGCCCACGAGGAGCGCCCGGCCUCGCGCUCCGUCCUCUACGGCGACUACCGCGCGCCGGGCCCCGGCCGCUUCGAGGCGCGGCCGCCCUCGCGCCUCUCGCACUCCAGCGGCUACGCCCAGCUCAGCUCCUACCCCCGCGGCGGCCCCGAGUUCCCCGCCGAGGCGGCGGCGGCGGCGGCGGGGACGGCGGCGGGGGACACGGCCAGCCAGCUGUCCUACGAGAACUACGCGGGCGGCGCGGCCUUCCCGGGCGGCGCGGCCUUCCCACCCUACCGGCUGGGCUUCGGCGCGGCCGCGGGGCUGGAGCGCGGCGCCUACGAGGCCUACGAGGCCGUGGGCAAGUUCGGCAGCGCGGCGCGCUUCUCCUACACCUCGCAGCACUCGGACUACGGGCAGCGCUUCCAGCAGCGCAUGCAGACGCACGUCUAGGGCGGGCGCGGCUCCGCGGGUACCUCACCGGCGUCCCCUGAUAUUCAGGGGUUCGCCCCGCGAUCCCUCCCUCACCCGGUUCCCCCGGUUUCCUUGGAGCUUCCGUUCAUUCCGUUGGUUCUUUUUCCGCCGGUACUUUCCCGCCCCCGCGGGUGGAGGGAUGGGGGUGACACCGCCCUGUCCCCUCCCCGCGUCGCCCGCCGCCGGGGUUUGAGCCCUGUCGUCGUUGGGGAGCAGCUCUGCGUGUCCCUAAACCCCGGGGGACGUGCAAAUCCCAAAAACAGCCCCGUCCCGAACCAUUCCUGCUGGGAUCUGUGUGUUCCCAAAUCCAGAGGGACACACACAUCCCCAAAAAACCCAUCCUAAACCAUUCCCGUUGGGAUCUGUGUGUUCCCAAAUCCAGAGGGACACACACAUCCCAAAAAACCCAUCCUAAACCAUUCCCGUUGGGAUCUGUGUGUUCCCAAAUCCAGAGGGACACACAAAUCCCAAAAAAACCCAUCCUGAACCAUUCCCGUUGGGAUCUGUGUGUUCCCAAAUCCAGAGGGACACACACAUCCCAAAAAACCCAUCCUAAACCAUUCCCAUUGGGAUCUGUGUGUUCCCAAAUCCAGAGGGACACACACAUCCCAAAAAACCCAUCCUAAACCAUUCCCGUUGGGAUCUGUGUUCCCAAAUCCAGAGGGACACACACAUCCCAAAAAAACCCAUCCUGAACCAUUCCCGUUGGGAUCUGUGGUCCCAAACCCAGAGGGACACACACAUCCCCAAAAAACCCAUCCUAAACCAUUCCAAUUCCCCAAGCCAUUCCCAUUCCCAUUGGGAUCCGUGUUCCCGAAUCCAGAGGAACACACAAAUCCCAAAAACAGCCUCAUCCCAAACCAUUCCCAAUCCCAUUCCCAUUCCCAUUCCCAUUCCCAUUCCCAUUCCCAUUCCCAUUGGGAUCCGCAUGUUCCCAAAUCCAGAGGGACACAGAAAUCCCAAAACCAGCCCCAUCCCGAACCACUGCCAUUCCCAUUGGGAUCUGCAUGUUCCCAAAUCCAGAGGGACACAGAAAUCCCAAAACCAGCCCCAUCCCGAACCACUGCCAUUCCCAUUCCCAUCGGGAUCAGCAGGAGGGUUCUGCGUGUCCCCAGAUCCAGAGGGGACGCACAAACCCCACAACAACGCCCCAUCCCGAACCAUUCCCAUUCCCUGUGCCUUGAUUUUGGGCCCCCCUCCCUCAGGGACGGCUGCCCCCGUUCUCCCCAUCCCCAAAUCCCCCUGGAGCGGCGGGAGUUUGGGGUUUGGGGAGCAGCCCCCGUUCCGUACGCACACCGCUCCCACGGGAAAGGCGGCGCUGGGAUCCCCCGAUCCCAUCCCGGGGCGACCCCAGAGCUGGGGGUCCCUCCUGUGAAUGUAAAUCCAGCUGGGAAUAAUCGCAUUCCCAGGAAUCCUGGGGAUCCCGGGAAACCGAAACGUCGGGAUCAGGAGCUCGGCCGGGCCCCUCUCCCUGGGCCGGGGACUGGGGGGCACCGGGGACCCCGGUUUGGGACUGGGGAUUUGGGGGGGAUUGAGUUCUGGAGGGAAUUCCCAGCCCCAGUUCCCAAAUUCCCAAAGGGACCCCGGUCUGGGACUGGGGAUUUGGGGGAUGAGUUUUGGAGGGAAUUCCCAAAGGGAUCCCAAUUUGGGAUUGGGGAUUUGGGGGAUGAGUUUUGGAGGGAAUUCCCAGAGGAUUCCCAGCCCCAGUUUGGGAUUUUGCGGGUGAAUUUUGGAGGGAAUUCCCAAAGGAGCCCAAAUUUGGGAUUGGGGAUUUUGCAGGUGAAUUUUGGAGGGAGCUCCCAGCCCCAAUUCCCAAAUUCCCAAAAGAGCCCCAAUUUAGGACCGGGGAUUUUGCGGAUGAGUUUUGGAGGGAAUUCCCAAAUUCCCAAAGGGACCCCAGUUUGGGAUUAGGGAUUUGGGGGAUGAGUUUUGGAGGGAAUUCCCAGAGGAUUCCCAGCCCCAGUUUGGGAUUUUGCGGGUGAAUUUUGGAGGGAGUUCCCAAUGGAGCCCAAAUUUGGGAUUGGGGAUUUUGCGGGUGAAUUUUGGAGGGAAUUCCCGGUCGA